GAAAUAUGUGAAAAUUUGGAGGAAAUGGAUCUUCCUCCACCAAUUUCAUUCUUGGGGGAAUCCCAAGUAAUCAUUACGCAGGAUGUGUGCAUGCGAUCAUGUUUGCCAAAUUCCCAGAAUUGAGCAAUAUUCAAUCAAUCAAGUAUUUAUUCGGUUUUGGGGUCAGAUAAUAAGCAGGGAAUAAGCUGUAGAUUGCAUUGUUCAGCCAAAACAAGUGGAAGUCCAACACGGAUUGUGUACGAGUUUUCGUAAUUGCACUGGAAGACUUUUUAUAAUUUUUCUAUUUUUACUGAGUUUACUUUGUGUUUGUUGAAAGGUUAAAACAAUGGUAAAUCCCUCCAUCUGAUCUUGAAAAUCAGUAUGACAAUCUUCAGAAGAGACAAUCAGUAAUGAUUCUGUAGACCGCAAUCCCACAACCCAUCAUUAGGCAGCCAUCGCAGCUGACAACUCAAAGGCCGAUUCAGUGCAAUUUUCAAGGAAACAGGGAUUAAAACAAGAAACAGCAUUCGGGGCGGCCACCUUCUCGCAGAGAGGACUUACCUGCACGGAGCUGUUCAGUAGAACUAUUCAUAUAAUGGGAAUGACACUGUCAACAUCACAUUAAAGAAAAUAUGUGCAAGAAAACGAUACAACGUAACCUACCAAAUCUGAGAAGACAUCCAGUAGAAUGAUGCCAGUCAGCAAUUAUCACAUACAAGAGGUAGAGCUAGAAGACUAGAUCCUGAAUUUCUGCAGCUAACCCAAGACCACCAUGGAUCCAAAGAUUACGAUAGGAGAGAAGAAUGGCAAGGACAAGGUAGCAGAUGUGCCUUUGCCACCCGACAUAGCAGAGAUACGGAUUGAUGUACCAGACACGACAACCUACAGUAAGACAGAACCCAGUAAACAGGAAUCCAAGCCCCAAAGUGCCACCAAAAACAAUGACCUAAAGAAACAGGAAAGCAAACGCAAUGCCAUGCUUACCAAGAAGAACUCCUUUGAUCGCUCCUUUGACAGUGACAAAGGGAAGGAAGGGAACGGGAGGGGACGGUUGCGCAAGGAGCGCUCGUUUGAAUCGAUGAAAAAGGACUCGCCGGGAGGGCGGAAUUCCGAGGGGCAGAACAAGAAACAUGACUGUUCGGGGAAGUCGGGCGGGGGACGCAACCCCAAGUUGGGAAGGCGUAUGGGUUCGGAAGAAGGAGCCAAGUCAGAAGGGGAGGGGAAUGCCAGGUUGAGGAGACAAACGUCGCAAGAGGAGGCAGAUUCAUCGUCAAGACGGAGAGCCAAUGCAAAGAAGUUUCUGUUAAGAAGCCAGCCUGUUUCCGAUGAUAUGUCGCCGCCAUCUACUCCUGAACUCAACUUUGGUGAGGACGAUAAGAGGAUACGAAGGCUUACUCACCAGCUGAGUAAUGAGACACCAUCAAACCGAGUCCACAAGCAGGCCAGUCUAGAGGCUCGCAGCGAGCCAGCUCUCUCAAGAGAACCUAGUCAAGAGAGAGAAAUCUACACAGAUUCCAGUGGAGUUGACCUGCACCAGUUCAUCGUUGAUACGCUACAAAAGGCCAAUGACCGAACCAUGCUACUCAAACUUGAGAAUGAGCUCACCAGAUUCAUACAGUCUGAUGAGCACAUGCUCAAGUUCCCACCCAUGACGUCCUAUCAUCGGAUGAUUGUCCACAGAGUGGCCGCCUACUUUGGACUAGAUCACAAUGUGGAUCAAUCAGGGAAGGCUGUGGUUGUCAACAAGACACCAAACACAAGAAUACCUGAGCAGAAGUUCCGGGAACACAUCAAAGAAGAGCCUUUAGAAAGCACAGCAAAGAAGAUACUUAAAAGAGAUACCACUAGCUUUGAUGACAAGGAUGAUGAGGGCCGAGAUAAGGGCGAAUUAAAAGACGAUAAAAGGAGCAAGUCUUUUGAAGAGAGGCAUGAGGAAUAUGAGAAAGCAAGAGCCAGAAUUUUUAACCAAGAAGUGACUACGCCGGAAGGUUUAACAGUAGAGCCACCCAUCAACCGACCAAAGAGCAUUCUGCAGGCCACCAGCAGGCAGAACAGUGGCACUUCUGAUGAUUCCUCAUCGUCCCAUUGGCAGAAGGAUCGCCCAUGGAGCAGCGUGGACUCCAGCGGCUCGGAAAGGCCUUCCAUCCCUGCCGUCACCAAGGCAAGCAGCUUCGCUGGAAGUCUCUCCCAGAAGGUUCUCCUGAGGACGGACAGUAGCGCCAGUAGUCGAUCCAGCAGCAGUUUGGGCAGCAGAGGCAGUCUAGGGAAGCUCCAUCCAAUGGAUUCCGUUGAUCGUGGAGCAAGUAGCCCACAUGGUCAGGUCCGUGGGUUCCCUACUGGCUUCCCUUACCAGCCAACCUUAGGUCCCAUCAGCCAGGCACCACCAGUCCCCUCUCAGCUACCCCAGCAGCCUACAUCACCUUACUCCUCCCAACCCUCGCUUCAACAAGGCCCUCAGGUCACCUGGACAAGUUCAUUCCCCAUGUCUGCCGGGGGUCAUGCCUUACAGUCACAGCCUCAGCUACACCCUCUGGCAGCUCAGCAGCAGCAACAGCAACAACAGCAGCAACAACAUCAAGGGCAGGCCGGUCAACCCCACACCCAUACCGGAGUGCCGCUCAUCGUACAGCAAGGAGCCAUACCGCAGCAUGCCGGGCCAGGGAUCGGACAGCCGGUGCUCUUUGCAACUUCCAAUAUUGAGAAUGUACCCCCUGGGAGCUUCAUCAUCAAUCCACAAACUGGUUCUCCAUUCCUGAAUCAAGAUGGCACCCCGAUGGUAGUCCAAGCCCCCGCCCACGCUCAACCCCCAUCGUCCAAUCAGCUGCAGGCUAAUGCAUCGGGCCACUCCCUUCCUACCCAGACUGGCCCACAGCUAGCAGCCAGCCAGGGAAGCUUAGUUCAACAUAGCCAACCUAUGGUUUCCUCCUCCACCCAUCCCGCCCUACUGGGCUAUGGCCAUUCUGUAGUCGGAGCCGGCGGGGUGGGGGGUUUUGGACAUACCCCCAGCCAGGGGGGUAUUCACCCAUCCUCCUACCAGGCACAUCAGCACCAUACCCAGCAGCAGACCGCAGCAAUGGUCCCACACCAGCACUCUGGGGAGUUUGCUGACAUGAGCAGUCAGAUGCAGGGUCUUACCCUAUCAAGGCAGAUAUCGGGAGGCGAUUCAGAACCAGUACCAAGUGGAAGCCAGCAUGUACCUCUAGCGAUCCAACAGCAACAGCCGGGUGCAAUACCACAGUCCUCUCAGCAACAUCCUGGACCACACCCGCAACAUCAGCAGCAGCAACAGCAGCAGCAACCCCAACCACCCAUCCUCCAGAUACAGCCCCAACAAGGUUUGAACCAACCGUUUAUGAUCAGGCAGGUUGGAGGACCAGGAGGGGGAGGAGGUGGUGGUGGUGGUGGUGGAGGAGCAGGGGGAGGAGGAGCAGGGGGUAUUCCUACAUCACCACAAGGCAUUCAUCCACAUUCUUCAUCAGCUCAACAACCCCCUUCGCAUCACCAAGGGCCGCAGCCUCAAGGCAUCGGACAACAACAAGGCAUUCCGCAAUCACACCAACAGGUUUUAUAUAGUGGUCAGCCACAGCAAGCUGCAGCGUACAGAGCAUCCUCAGCUUCCCAGCUUUACAACCCCCAAGCCGUCCAAGGUAUGCCCCCGUCCCAAGCCCAUGGUCAGCAUCCAGUUUCUAGCAGCCAACCACCCCAGCUUGUCCAGCCCACGGGGGGCAUCAUGUACCCUUCUAACCAGCAAGGCGGUGCUACUACACCCCAAGGGUUCUACACAGCGCAAGGUUUCCCUGGCAUGGGGAUGAUGUCUCCUCAACAACCGCCCGGCCAACAGCCAGGACAGCCCCAAAUCGUUUACCAGUCACCUAUGGACCAGCCCUCUAGCUCUUCCCACCAGGGUGUACCAGUACUCUAUCAGUCUCAGAUGCACCAGGGUGGGGGUGCCCCUCCUCAUUAUGGCCCCACCCUGCCUAGCCCAGGGGAUGUGCCAAGGUCUACCUCACCGAGCUCCCAGCAAAUCCAUCAUGGCUUGCCCAUGACAGUGGUUGUUGGCCAGCAGCAGCAGCAGCAACAACAACAGCAACAACUGUUGGGUCAAGGGCCCGGUAUGCUAGGUAGCCAACGUCCCCAAUCCCCACAGAUCAUUGGCCCUGGUGUGUCAUAUCCCCAGUCUGUGCCUUCUACUGGUCCAGGGAGCACAGGUGCUGGUGGUCCAGGCCUUCUAUCGCAGAUGGGAUACAACCCAUUACAGCAGAGGAGAGGACUUAGUCUAGAACAGCACGGUGUCAGGUCAAGGGAUUUAUAUGCACCAGGUAUUGGUGUUGGUAUGCUACCUCAAGGAAUACAUAGCCCUGGAACAUCACCGUCACAGAGUCCUGGACCUCCUCUACCAAGACCUGGCAUUCAAGACAAAGGUAUCAGGCCUUCAAAAUCAUCCAAGCAAUCCAAAGCUCCCAGGAGACAACGUAAAGUGCAACAAGGAGAUAGUUUAAUGGUCUCAGAGAGUCUAGAAUCACAUGGUCCAUCCGAGAUAUUAGAAGUAUGUACAUUAUCAGGUGAUACCACAUGCGGUGCCCUAUUGGCCAGCCUAGAUGACCUUUUACGAGUAGGAGCCGACCUCCGCUGGCUGCCCAACAAUACUCCAGCCUCCCAGGCUCUGCAGUCUCACCAAGUAGACUCUGCUGACAGAUGCUCAAACUACGUGGUACUAGCUAUAUUCCCAGUCCCCGAAGCCGCGCAGAGCGCCCUCGGUCGACCUCUCCACCCCAAUUACGUUCUUCGGCCGCCCGAACGAGACCACUCGAUGCGGUUAUCGCUUGCCUCUUCACCGUCAUCGUCGUCGUCACCGCUGCCACCUAUAUCAUAACCACACUGUACCCUGCAUGCCUAGGACAUUUGUAUACACACCUAGAAGUCUUUGUCAGUGAAUUUCUUGUCUUAAAUCAUCUGUUUUCAUUGUUCGUUAUGUCCCUUUUUCAUGUGUAAUCACUCAUUGUGCAAGUUGUAUGAGCAACACAGCUUCCUUACGAUGGCAAGAUUAGAUUGAUUUUCCUUGACAAAUUUCUUUUCUGCAAAUAAAUUGCAUUCAAACAAAUCAUUAUUUCAAUUGAAGUAACUAACCAUACAAAGUUGAUUCUAAACCUAUUGAUAAAAAUAGUUAUAGGCUGUUCUAUAUAAAAAUGUCCCUUGAAAUAAUGAAUUAAUAUGCUGUUCUCCAUCAGUCCUAGUUAGCUAAAUCCUGAGAUUAUUAUAUUCAGAUCAUUUAUCUUCAGGAUUUAUGUAUUUUUUACAUUAAAAAAAUUUAUUCAUUUAUUAAAUUAGAUUAAUAGACAUUUGUUUAGGUCUUUUGUUCAUUUGUUUAAUUCUUUUCAUUUUUUUCUCUCUUUUAUUCACUAUAUUAAAGGGGUGUCAUUUUUGUUGAUGGUCUUAGCAGUAUUGUAAGUUCAUACUGGAAUGAUAUGUAUCUGUUCUGAUCAUUUAAUCCAAGCCCUUUACCAAAGUAUAUUAUGGAGAACCAAAGACAAAUAGGUGUACAACUCAGUGUAAGGGUACUUUGUGUUCGGGGAUCUAUAUAGCACAAAUAUAUCUAUGCUUUUACUCCUGAAAUUUAUCAUAGAAUUUGAACAGUGCUACAUGUUUUUGAUAAUCAAGUGUAAUGAAUACUCGCUGAUAAAAUAAUGAAACGAUUGAAUAAUCACCCUGUAAUACCAUUAACCAUUGUAGGUCCUCUCAUGUUUAUAUCUUUUGUAUAUCCAGUUGCGAUGUGUGAUUUUAGCCUACCUCUUCGUAAUAAUUUAUGCACCAAAUCUAACUUACACAUGAUAAAUAUCGGCUA